UUCCUGCUGGUGGACGCCAACGGCAACUUCCUCACCAAGGGGUACUACGCCGCCGUGGAGGCGAAGAAGGAGCGCACCAGCAAGCACGCGCAGUCGUUCGGAGCCAAGGGCGCCUCGCAGGUCACCACCCCCAACCAGGACCGGGCCGUGUGGCUGUCCCUCCUCUCCUCCCUGUACCGGCGGGACCAGACGCCCGUGGUGGCCUUCACCUUCUCGCGCUCCCGCUGCGAUGAGAACGCCCGCGCGCUCUCCUCCCUCGACCUCACCACCUCCGCCGAGAAGAGCGAGAUCCACUGCUUCUUCCAGCGCUGCAUCUCCCGACGCUCCGUGACCCCGCAGGUCCAUGAGAAGAGGAUCGCCGAGCUGAAGCAGACCCUGUCGUCUCUCCCUCCCGUCGACACCGAGGGGCAGCUGGCCGACCUGGUGACGUACUACCGCACGGUGAAGGAGCUGGCGGAGAUCCGGGACACGCUGCAGAAGGCCGUGAUGGAGUCGGUGAACGGCGUGAAGGCCCUCUCCGUGGGCAGGGUGGUCGUGGUCGGCAACGCGCAGCACAGCAACGCCCUGGGGGUCGUCCUGCAGGUGUCCAGUGACGCAGCCAAUCGCUCCUUCACCGCUCUGAUCCUGUGCGAGAGGGGCAGGGAGAGUGGGGGCGCCCCGAACCCCGGCAGCAAGAUUUGACCCUGGUGGUCUGGGGGGUGCCCUGGCGUGACCGGCGUGCUGCGUCUCCCCCCAGGCCCCUGCGGGCACACGGUGCAGAAGAUCAAGCCCGGCGACAUCGCCGCCAUCACAGUGAAGACCCUGCGGGUCAGCCCGGACCGCAUCAUCGACGACUUCAACAAGAGGCAGAUGCCUCGCUUCAGGAUGGACCCCCCCGGGCAGGCCAUCUCCACGGCCACCCAGGAGCUGCUGCGAUUGGCCGAGGCUCACCCGGGCGGGGUGGCGACCCUUGACCCCGUGAACGACAUCCAGCUGAAGGGGGUGGAGGUGGUGGAGGCGUCGAUGAGGCUCCGCGUCCUGCAGGACGGCCUGAGCCAGUUCACCUGCGUGCACAGCCCCCGCUUCUCGGACGAGUUCUCCAGGCUGCAGGAGCGGAUGUCUUUUCAGGAAGAGCUGGACAGGCUGCAGUUCCUCCUCUCGGACCAGUCUCUCUCUCUGCUGCCCGAGUACCAACAAAGAAUUAAGGUGCUGCAGUCCCUGAGCUACGUGGACGCCGGCGGGGCCGUGCAGCUGAAGGGCCGGGUGGCCUGCGAGCUCAGCAGCCACGAGCUGCUGCUGACGGAGCUGCUGUUCGAGGGCGGCCUGAGCUCGCUGCCCCCCGAGGAGAGCGCCGCCCUGCUGUCCUGCCUGGUCUUCACCCAGAAGACGCAGGUCACCCCCGAGAUCGUGUCCCCUGUGUUGCAGGGCGUGCAGCGUGUGGUCGCCGUGGCCCAGCGGAUCGGCGAGCUGCAGCGGGACUGCGGGCUGGCCCAGUCGGUGGAGGAGUUCGUGGGGCAGUACAAGUUCGGGCUGACGGAGGUGGUGUACUGCUGGGCCCGGGGCAUGGUGAGAGACAGCGCCCCCCGCAGGGCCCACGCCGCGUCCAGCAGCCACUGA